UUGAACAGCGUAGCUUCUUCCGGCUUUUACCUUGAAGUCAGACCGGAAGUGGUUGUUCUGCUUCCGGCGGACGGCGGCCAUGACAGUCUCCCGCUCACCUCCGUGUCCCGUCUCCGUUUCCCCAUGAACCGGACGCAGCCGAAGCGGUCCGGGGUGCUGCGGAUGGCCCUGGGGGGCCCGGGGGCCCUCUCCCCGGGGGGCCCGGCCCCGGGGGGCCCGGGGGGGGGCUUCCUUCUCCGGGCAGCGCGGAUCGCCGCGGUGGUGUCUCUCUACUGGACCGUGUCCAUCGCCAUGGUGUUCCUGAACAACCACCUGCUGGACGACAGGGAGCUGGACGCGCCGCUGUUCGUCACCUUCUUCCAGUGCGCGCACGUGGGCGUGGCCUUCUACACCGUGGGCCGCUCGCUCAGCACCGUCUUCAACGUGCUUUUGUCCUUCCUCAUCCUGGGCCAGCGCACCUCCGCCCGCGCCCUGCUGUGCUGCGGGGUCAUCCUGGGCGGGUUCUGGCUGGGCGUGGACCAGGAGGCCCUGGCGGGUUCCCUGUCCUGGUCGGGCGUGGCGUUUGGCGUGCUGGCGAGCGCUUGCGUGUCUCUGAACGCCAUCUACACCAAGAAGGUCCUGCCCUGUGUGGAGGGCAGCGUGUGGCUGCUGUCCUUCUACAACAACCUGAACGCGUGCGUCCUCUUCCUGCCGCUGCUGCUUUUCUCCGGGGAACCGCACCGGCUGCUCGCCAGCCAGCGGCCGGCCGCCGCGGGGUUCUGGGUCGCCAUGGCGACGGGCGGGGCUCUGGGGCUGGCCGUGGGCUACGUGACGGGUCUGCAGAUCCAGGUCACCAGCCCGCUCACACACAGCGUGUCCGGCACGGCCAAAGCCUGCGCCCAGACGCUGCUGGCCGUGGCCGCCGCCCGCGCCCCGCGCAGCGCCCUCUGGUGGGCCAGCAACCUGCUGGUGCUGGGGGGGGCCUCCGCAUACUCCGGGGUCCGCACCCGGGAGAUGCAGGGGGGGGGGGGGCGGGGGGGCGGGGGGGGGGAGCAGGACAAAGAGAAGCUGCUACCAGGGGAGAAGGGAAACAUCAACGUGUAG